GUGUCGCUGCAGGUCGACCUGUUCACGCACCCUGGCACCGGCGAGCACAAGAUCACCGUCAAAGUGGUUGCCGCCAACGAUUUGAAGUGGGUGAUUGCCAGUGGCAUGUUCCGUCCAUUCAUUGAAGUCAACCUGAUCGGUCCCCACCUCGCGGAUAAGAAGAGAAAAUUCGCCACCAAGUCGAAAAGCAACAACUGGAGUCCCAAAUUCAACGAGACUUUCCAUUUUAUGGUGAGCGCGACGGAGCAGCUGGAGUUGUUCGAGCUGCAUGUGUGUGUGCGGGACUACUGCUUCGCACGAGAGGACCGCCUCGUGGGCCUCGCUGUCAUGAGAUUGGCGGACAUCGCUGAACAGGGUUCAUGUGCGUGCUGGUUGCCAUUGGGUACGAGAGUCAAAAUGGAUGAGACCGGGUGGACGAUACUAAGGAUUCUAUCGCAGAGGCACAGCGAUGAAGUGGCGAGAGAAUUCGUCAAGCUCAAGUCGGAAAUGAGGUCGGAGGCUCCAGCCGGCAGUCAGGCGCCUGCGUGAGAUCCACACACCGCUCUGGAUGCACGCGAGAACUUAAUUAAGAUUAUAAGGGACAAA